AUGCAAGUGACAGUAGAGCACAUCUCAGCCCUACAGAGCUCCUCCAAGUGCUUUGAGUCCUUCAGCAGAAGUUCCUGCUCCAACUUGGAAAAGCAUCAGUCGCACCUUAGCUGGACAUUUCCAUGGAAAAAGAUGAAGAAGGAGCCAGACACCAUGAACUCGAGCCAAGAGAACAGCCUCAGGAAAAAGCUUCUCAGAGAACCAAACAAAUAUAGUAGUUCAGGGCCUGUCCAACGUCCCAGAAGUGCUAACAGAGCCGUAUCGAAUGACCAAAGUGACUUGGUGUGUUCUCAGAGCUUCACUGGUGAUUGUAGCCCAGUGAGCCUUCUCACAACGUGUUCAUGCAGUGCUGGCUAUGCCACAGACUUCUCCACUGAACACAGCUCCAUCUACUCCUGGAGAUAUGAUGAGUUUGACCGUGAGAAUACUCAGCAUGUACGACAGCUCUUUAGCGCCCUGGAUGAGCUGCUGUAUGAGGGUAAAGUGUGCAGUAAGUCAGAGUCUCUGCGCAGGGAGUGUGAGGAGUGGAACACACACUCCCCCCACCUCAGGAUUUUAGGCAAUCAGUUAGAGCCUCCAAAUCAAGAGGGAGUUCAGUAUGUGCACUGGAGACCCACGAGGACUGCGGCACUGCCUCCGUGCCUGGAUACAAGAGACAACCACAGCGAGCUAUGUGUGGAGGGCCGCAGACUAGCCCCGGGAUCAUGGUCUGGUCAGACUGUCUACUCCGGCUUGCCUAUUUCAGAGCUAUCAUGUCGUCUUAUCUCACAAGAGGAGGAGAUCUACGAGGUAGAGGGAACGAUCGAGGAGUUUCUAGCUUACGAUGGGAGAGAAACGGACAAUGAGGGACUGGAUCAGAGGAAGGCCUCAGCCAUUGCCUCGUGGGAUGGUGUACCCCAUGUUUCCCCCAAUGCCUGCAUCUGUGAUGCUGUGGCUGAUGAGCUGUUUGAUGAUGUAUGGCGGGAAGUAGUAAGCUUUCUGGAAGAGCUCCUGCGCAAACACUGGGAGAAGCAACAUUCUGACGGAGCAACACAGAGAUGGAUGCUGGAGAGUUCAAGCCAAAUCUUCUGUGAACCUUCAUCACAUCUUCCUUCAAAGGGAAGUCAUAUUUCUCCUAGCAGAGGCUCUAAUAGCAGGAGCAUGUUUCUCUGGCCAAACACCUAUCAUGGGCAGGAUCCGAAUGUCUUUAAGAGUAACUUAAAUGGCGUUAUGACAAUCCGAGCAAAGCCUUUGCAGCAGAGACAGCAGGGAUAUGGUGAAAGGUCAUUGUGUGACUCAGAUGACGGAAGUACCACACUCGCCACCCUGAAGGCCCCAAGUGGAAUGAGCACACACUCACACAAACCCUCUAGCCAGCGUAUUCUCCCCAGACUCAGUGGCAGAGCUCAUCUGCGUCACAGCUUCCCAGCACAAAGCUCCCUGCGAGUAACCAGAUUAUCCACUGUAGCUGAGAACCUGCUCACCCCACCUGUGAGUGCAGUUCAGAACCACAGACUUCCUUUCAUCCAGUCCGACUCUGCAGAGCAAGAUUGUAACGUUCCUGCUCUGAGACAUACACAGCUCAGGGGCCGGAUCAUGAGAGGUGGUGCAGUGCAAACAGUGUCCAGCCUUCCACCCCUGAAAGAGCCCACUCUACUGCUGGAGUCCCUUUCCCGCCCCAAUACCAACCACACAUUCAGAUCAGACACACCCAUGAAAAGUUCCUACACAGCCAUGGAUUUUGCCUUUAUGAGGACAGGGAGAAGCCUUUUCACUGGAAACUUCUCCAAAACAGGUGAAGGCAUACCUAUGGGUGUAACAGGCUUUAGCAUGGGCAUCACUUCUUCUACAGCAAAUGGCUUUUCUGACUGUGUAGCACCACCAAAGAGACGCACACAUCUCCUGUCCUCCUCUGAUGGGGAGGGGGGAAACAUAACUGUACUUGGACCAGUAGGUGCUCGGAAGGCAGUGAGUCGGUUUCCGAUACAUGGGAGGAAGAAGCUUCAUGUGAUAAUGCCACAGCACAGUUAA